AUGCCGCCGCCCCCCGCCCGCCGGCCCGGAUUGGCGCCGCCCCGGCCGGUGGCCACCGCGCAAGCGGCGAAGCCGGCGAAGGGACGAGGGGGCAGCGUCAAACGGCCGGCCAACCGCAGCCGCAACCCGGCCGACAGUUCUACGCGGCCGGUGAAGGUCUCAAAGGCGGCCGCGGUGGCUCGGGGCGACGAGUCGCAGACGGUGCUGCCGGCGGCCUCCUCCAGCAGCCACACAUCCAUUCCUCCACCUCCCCCGCCGCCACCGCCGGCCGUGGAGGAAGAUGGCGACGCCGACGGACACCGCCUCCAACAUGUUCGACGAGGUAUGGGAGGAGGCAUGGGAGGAGGCAUGGGAGAUGCCAUGGGUGGAGCCAUGGGUGGUGCCAUGGGAGGUGCCAUGGGAGGUGCCAUGGGUGGUUACAUGAACAUGAUUGGAGGUUCCAUGAGUGGUGCAUUUGGCGGAAACAUGGGAGGUGGCUUCGGUGGCAACAUGGAAGGUGGCUUUGGCGGCAUGGGAGGUGGCUUUAGCGGCAUGGGAGGUGGCUUCGGCGGCAUGGGAGGUGCUUUUGGCGGCAACAUGAUGGGUGGCUUUGGAGGUGGCUAUGGCGGCAACAUGAGUGGCGUUGGAGGUGGAUAUGGCGGCAACAUGGGACGGAAUGAAGAUGGUUCUGGUGGUGCUCACGGCAACGAGAGUUCGCCGCUUGUUGAGAACGUCGACAAAGACGGUGGUGGAGAUGAUGAUCAUACCACGGUUCACAACACCGGUGGAAUUGAUGACCCGAAUGAGUAA